CCAUCGACAUCUAAAAAAAAAACAUGUCGGAUUAUGCAUGGCGGUAUGGUCGACAAUUUAUCGUAGGUUUGUGACAAGAUCUACGGCGUGGUGAUGCUCAUAUCGUCCAGAAUUUAAGGCACUGAAGCCACUCUUCGGCAAGAUCUUCGCUAAAUAAGUUCUUGAUCACAUCGUGCGUACUACCGCAAUAUUCUGACCCCAUCGUGUCUUCUGUGUAGAUUAGGGCCGUCGACCACAUCUUCCUGUCCUCUUCAGGUAACUUUCGACGGUAUCGUGGAUGUCGGGCGCCUUGAACGCUCAAGAAACGCCGAAAGUUGCUCCACCGAAAUUAUGACAAAAUCGUCCAGACGCCGUGGCGAGUCGAAAACGGGGGAAACGCAGCAGAGCGCAACCGUUGUUGUCGACACAGCUUCUAUUCAGCUCUCUGAAGAUGACCAUGUUCCAAAGACGAACAAGGCCCCUAGGAAGCUACAGAAAUCCAACGAUGGUACCACAUCUGAUGACGAUGGUCGCGCAACACGUAAACUUAAAAAAGAAAAGUUCGCAAACUCUGAGCGCGUAGAGAUAAAAGACAAGAAUGCAAAAAAAGAGAAACUGAAAACUGAAGUUUUUAAUGAAGUCUCUGUAGAUCUGCACCGAGGUGAAACUGACAACUCUGAAAAUGCUAAAGAAACUGACAAGGGAGCAAGGAGAAGAAAGCAGAAGGCGGAAGUUGGGAACUCUGAAGAUCUACGAGUUGAUAACAUCAGCUCUAAACACGGAGAAGACACAACCCCUGAUGGGAAAUCAAAAAAGAAAAAGCGGAAGAAGACCGGACUUGAGAGUGGAAGUGCAUCCGAUCAGUUGGUGCCCAAGAAAAAGACUAAGCAUGUAGGGAUAGAAGACAGGAAUGCAGAAAGAAAGAAAUUGAAGGCUGAAGUUCUUAAUGAAGAUCUGCAUCGAGGUGAUGCUGAAAACCCUGAAAGUGCUGAAGAACCUGACAAAAGAGCGAAAAGAAGAAAGCGGAAGGCAGAGGUUGACAACCCUGAAUAUCUACAAGUUGAGAACGACGGCUCUGAAUGCGUAGAAGAUGCGACCCCUGACGGGAAAACCAAAAUAAAAAAGCGGAAGAAGGCCAGACUUGAGAAUGAUGGUGCAUCUAAUCAGUCGUCGCCCAAGAAGAAGCCUUUGCAAGCGGGACCCUCUGACCAGGGCGAAGGCAAACUCGCCAAAGUAAAAAAAGCGAAGAAGAAAAAGAAAAACAGAAAAGCACCUCCUGAAGCCACCAGGAACACGAAGGACCAGUGCUUGCAAUAUCUAAAAGACUGGCAAAGUCCGUCGUGGAAGUUCUGCAAGAAUAAGCAGCUUUGGCUUUUGUCUCAUGCCUUUGAGGAGGACAUGAUUCCCGAAGACGACUUUGAGAUUCUACUCAGGUACAUAGAAGGUCUCAAGGGAGGAGCCAGGGAACGGCUCCAACAGUCUGCUAACAAGUUUCUGGAAAAAGCGAAUGAGGACGGUGAUGAAGAUGAGGAUAUUGAUGCCAACAAAUACGAGAGAGCUCGACUCGUUCUGCAGAUGUUGGAUUAAAGGAUUCCUUUGGCAGAA